GAGUGGAGGAGAAGAGAACAUACACGAAACAUGAAGAGUAUGGUUACUAGCUACAGUUGAAUCUUCCCUGAUAAGUCCUUGACUAGUGUGAGAGUCGAUGCAGAACUCUGUAUGUAGCUGAGUGUUUUCAGUAGAAGACCAGGAUGUCUACGUCGUUCCAGCCAUGGCACCAUGGUAAUAUCACCCGAUCUAAGGCUGAGGAUCUGCUCUCCAAAGCAGCUCGGGAUGGGAGCUUCCUCCUCCGGGACAGUGAGUCCAUACAGGGUGCCUAUGCCCUCUGUGUUCUGUACCAGAACUGUGUGUAUACCUACAGGAUCCUACCCAAUGAGGACAGGAAGCUCUCAGUCCAGGCCUCUGAGGGCGUGGCUAUCCGAUUAUUCUCUGUGCUGUCUGACCUGGUGGAGACGUUCUACAGUCCCAACAUGGGUCUGGCUACACACCUGCAGUUCCCUGUUCAGAAGGAGGAGGAGCCAGAGGAAGAAGCAGUUACGACAGUUGUUGGAUCAACAGAGCCAGUGAAAUACCCUCCUCAGCUGCCCCCUAGAAACUUCUUAGGAGGACCGUCAGCCAAUGGCACUAAAGAAACCCAAGGAGGGGAUUCCCGAGGCUCAGAGCUGGCUUGUAGUUCCCUGGGAGACACAUACCUACAGAGACUACAACACAUCGAUAUGUCAAACCUGCCAGAAGAGCACCAAAAAUCCAUUGAGGAAUAUUUCCACACCUCGGUCUCUCUCGAUGCUGAGCAAGUCCAGAAUGGGAAUCCAUGCCUCCCCCAUCUAAAGAAGCUCACCAUGGGAAUCUGCAAACAACUGAACAGCGAGAUCUCCCGUACCCUGCCCACUCUGGAGACCUUUCAGAGGCUUCUGGACCAGCAGCUGUCCCCAGGUAUAGGACGAUUGAGGACUCAGGUGUCAGCAGAUUCCGACCAGUCUGUGUCCUUCAGGCUGGAACAACUGACCAAGCUGCUCUACUCUAUAGAAGAGAAGGCCAAAACAGCCGUGUUUGAGUGGGCUGGAUACGACGGAGGCCACAGACAGUCUCUAAUACCACCUAUUACAUUUGAAGUCAAAUCAGAGUUGCUUGGUCUCACAACCAAGAUGUUCCUCAAGGUGGAUGUGGAAACUGGGAAGAUCUACUUCAAGAAAUCUAAAGACGGGCCAGAAGACAAAUACUUUGUUCACAAUAAAAUCUUACAGCUGGUGAAAUCCCAGAAGGUUGCCAAGCUGGUCAUCAUGGUGGAAACAGAGAAGGAGAAAACUCUGAGGAAAGAGUUUGUCUUCAACGACACAAAGAAAAGAGAGGGAUUCUGUCAACUCCUUCAGCAGAUGAAGAACAAACACUCAGACAAGCCUGAGCCCGAUAUGAUCACUGUAUUCGUUGGUACCUGGAAUAUGGGGAACGCCAGCCCCCCACACAGCAUUGCAUCUUGGUUCCAGUGUAAGGGUCAGGGCAAGACCAGGGACGACACGGCCGACCACAUUCCUCAUGACAUCUAUGUGAUCGGGACUCAGGAAGAUCCCCUGGGGGAGAAGGAGUGGAUAGACACACUGAAGAGUGCCUUGAGAGGAACCACCAACAUCAGCUUCAAACAAAUAGCCACCCAGACCCUAUGGAACAUCCGGAUCGUUGUGCUAGCCAAGCCUGAGCACGAGAACAGAAUCUCACACAUCUUCUCAGAUAGCGUCAAGACAGGGAUCGCCAACGCUUUGGGAAAUAAGGGUGCAGUGGGUGUAUCCUUCAUGUUCAACGGUACUUCCUUUGGCUUCGUCAACAGUCACCUGACCUCAGGCACUGAGAAGAAGAUCAGACGCAACCAGAAUUACGUCAGCAUCCUACGCUUUCUGAAUCUUGGAGAUAAGAAACUGAAUCCCUUUGACAUCACACAUCGAUUCACUCAUCUGUUCUGGCUCGGGGAUCUGAAUUAUCGAAUCGAACUGCCAUCCACAGAAGCCGAGAGCAUUGUGACCAAGAUCAAACAGCAGCAGUACCAGGAACUGCUGUGUAGAGACCAGCUCACCAUUGAGAAAGGAGAAGAGAAGGUGUUCCUACACUAUGAUGAGGAAGAGAUCACAUUUGCGCCCACGUAUCGUUUCGAGAGAGACACACGAGAGAGAUAUGCCUACACCAAAGCCAAAGCCACAGGGACUAAAUACAAUCUACCAUCAUGGUGUGAUCGUGUUCUACGGAAGUCCUACCCCUUGGUGCAUGUGUUCUGUCAGUCUUACGGGUGUACCAAUGACAUCAUGACCAGUGACCACUCUCCAGUUUUCUCCACAUUUGAAGUUGGCGUGGCAUCACAGUUUGUCUCCAAGCACGAUCCCAGCAGGGUGUCUCAGGGUGGGAUCAAGUUCAUGAACUGCGUUGCCACCCUCAUGACAAAGUCCAAGACCAAGUUCUUCCUGGAAUACCACUCCAGCUGCUUAGAGAAAUUCGUCAAGAGCUCGGAAGGAGAGAACCAAGAUCACUCAGAUGGGUCCAUCAAAGUUCGGUUUGGAAACCAAGUUGAGCUCGUCCCUAUCAUCUCAGACCCGGAGUAUCUGUUGGAUCAACACAUUCUCCUGUGUGUCAAGUCCACAGACUGUGACGAAUCCUAUGGAGAGGGCUGUGUGGCUCUGCGAGCGGCAGAGUCCUCCUAUGCAGAGUUCCACAUCACAUUGACGCAUCACGGCGAGCGGACGGGCACCCUGACGGGAGGCGUAGAGUUACGAACCUCAGAAGGCAAACAGACUGAGAAGUUAUACGAUUUCAUCAAAGUGGAAAGGGAUGAUUCUGGUGCCUCUAAAGGAAAAGGACUUGAUCUUAUCAACAAGUUUGCUCUUCCCAGUGAUAUCACCAACCCCAGUUACAUGGGGGUGGGCUUCAAGUCUGGAGGUGUGACAGACAGGGGCUGGAGCUACUGCAUGUCCCCGAAAUCAGGCUCCGGAGGUGGGGGUGGUGGUGGUGGUGUCGGUGGGUUCGGGAGUAGGGACCAGACCCAUGGAAACACCUCUCCCAAAAAGACUGUCUACGACCACAGCGCUGUGCGAAGCCCGACAGGAAAAGCAUCUGAUAAUGUUAGUGAGGGGGGGAAGCCAGCGGAGAUGUUUGACAACCCUCUGUACGGAUCCAUGGGGAAGGGAGGAGGACCACGAGGAGCUAAAGACCAACCAGAACCUCAACGCUCCAAGGAUCACCUGACCCCUCCAGACCCCAUCUUCUCCUUCACCAAACCCUCUGACCAGGACCUUGACCGGCCCCCGGUCCCCACCCCUCGUAACCGCUCUUACACCUGUUCUGAGACCAAGCCACCGUCUUCCAUCACCACUGCCUCAGCCUCGGCCCCGCUCCACCCCCAGACCUACACCAAGAACCCUGUGAAGCCCUCACGCUCCGAGGGAGGCAUGGUACAAACCACCAAUAGACCACAUCUGCCCAUGAAGUCCCGCCUAGGCCAGGCGGACAUCACGCCCACUAAGCCUAAAGACUACAGAGACAGCUCGGAGUUGCUCAGCAAACUGCGUCCACCUACAAGGCCCAUCCAGCCACUCCCCAAAGAAGCUCAUCAUGAGGCAACUCAACCACCGAAGAUGGGCCGUUCAGUGAAAUGACUUUGUCCUUUUUUUUCUGAAAACCCUCUUGUCCUAUAUGUUAAAAUGAGAUGUUGGAUGGUGGCUAGUGUCAGUCACUGCAAUGCUCGUCUUCCUGCCUCUCCAAACAAGUUCCUGUACGAACUCAUCUUUGCAUUUGCAUUAGGCUGUAUUCAUGGCAACGCUCUGGGGAUUUGUGGAGUCCUCUGAAAUAAAUAUUGUUGUUCUUUUUGUUGCACAAAUGCUGACAACUAGAAAAGCUCUUUAGAUUAUAGGAAUCAUGUUUAAAGACUUGUACAACAAUCUCAAUUAAACUAAAGGGAAUCAUGUUCA